GGGUCGCUGGCGGGGCUCGGCGUGGCCAUGGAGAGCGGCGGGCAGCCCUCGCUGGCGCAGUUCAUCCUGCUGGGCACCAGCUCCGUGGUCACCGCCGUCCUGUACUCCGUGUACCGGCACAAGGCCCAGGUCGCCCAGGAGCUCAAGGGAGCUAAGAAAAUUCACCUGGGUGAAGAUUUAAAGAACAUUCUUUCAGAAGCACCAGGGAAAUGUGUGCCAUAUGCUGUUAUCGAAGGAGCUGUGCGGUCUGUUAAGGAGACACUGAACAGCCAGUUUGUGGAAAACUGCAAGGGCGUCAUUCAGCGGCUGACACUUCAGGAGCACAAGAUGGUGUGGAAUCGGACAACCCACCUGUGGAAUGACUAUUCCAAGAUCAUUCACCAGAGGACCAACACAGUGCCCUUUGACCUGGUGCCCCACGAGGACGGCACGGCUGUCGCAGUGCGUGUGCUGAAGCCCCUGGACGCUGUGGGUCUGGGACUGGAGACCGUAUAUGAGAAGUUCCAUCCCUCCGUCCAGUCCUUCACUGACGUCAUUGGCCACUACAUCAGCGGGGAACGGCCCAAAGGCAUCCAGGAGACUGAGGAGAUGUUGAAGGUUGGGGCCACCAUCACUGGGGUGGGCGAACUGGUCCUGGACAAUAACGCUGUCCGCCUGCAGCCCCCCAAGCAAGGCAUGCAGUACUACUUGAGCAGCCAGGACUUCGACAGCCUGCUGCAGAAACAGGAGUCAAGUGUCAGGCUGUGGAAGGUGCUGGCCCUGGUGUUCGGCUUCGCCACAUGCACUGCGCUCUUCUUCAUCCUGCGGAGGCAAUACCUGCAGUGGCAGGAGCGCUUGCGCCAGGAGCAGCUGCAGGAGGAGUUCCGCGAGCACCAGGCCCAGCUGCUGAGCCAGGCCUCGCCCGAGGACAGGGAGAGUCUGAAGAGCGCCUGUGUGGUGUGUUUGAGCAGCUUCAAGUCCUGUGUCUUCCUGGAGUGCGGGCAUGUCUGUUCCUGCCGCGAGUGCUACCUUGCCUUGCCAGAGCCCAAGAAGUGCCCCAUCUGCCGGCGGCUCAUCACGCGGGUGGUCCCCCUGUACAACAGCUAAGGGUCUGAGCCACACCACAAGACUGAGGUGGCCCGUCCCUUGUCUAGGUUGAUCUUGAGGCCUUUGGUAGGGUGGCUGUCCCUGUAGGUGUGAUUGAGUGAGAGCUGUCCAGACCUUCAUCUCCAGCAGUAGGGUGUUGCCUUUCCAGCCUAGGUGGGGCCCCUGCCAGUUCAGAGCAUCUGGAGUGCCCACCCACUCCGGGGUGCCAUGGGUUGAGCCGUAGCAGGGUUCUCUUCCCAGGAACCACAUCUCGGUGUGUGGCUGGAUGAGAUCAGCUCAUUGCUGCAGCACCACCUUGAUGGUCUCAGCUCUUCUGGUCCUUUCCGGACUGGUGAUUGCUGGGCUGGGCAGAAAGGCCCAGCUCCCAGGACCUUGCAGAGUUGCCUCUUGGGCAUCUGGAGCUUUUCCCUUUGCUUCUACCAGGGAAAAAGUCAAAAUUCAAAAUUGUCAUGCUGGGGAGGUCAUUUGUGUGUCUCUUGCCCGGUUGAUUCUUAAAUGUGUGCAUGUGUAGAGGGGAUGACAGGAAGUGAGACCCACAUGUCUGCCUUAGACCACGUGGGCAGGACAUGGGCCAGCGGGAGGCAGACAGACAUCUUUGGGGGCUUGGCUAGCACCCCUAUGGGUGUCUCCUUAGAUCUAGGGAAGGCCACUCGAGGGGAUUCCUUUGGUCCUGAAGCUUAAGAGAAGCUGCUUGAUGGCUCUGGUUUUCUGUCAGGGUAGCUGGAAGGCCCUCACCGGAAGGAUGCAGGGUGCUGCCGUCCUGGCCCGGCUUUCACUGUUUGCUUGCCUUUGCCAAGAAAAAGUAGCCAGUGACACCUCAGUCACCAUGCUUUUUAAGGCUGUACCCUGCCUCUAGUCUGUGGCCAUGUUAAUGUCCCCUUUGGCCUUCUCCCUCACUUGUUCUACCUGUGAGUGCAAGAGAAGUUGGAUGUCUUUCCCACCCUGAAAUUGCCAAAACUCACCAUUACAGUUCUCUUUCCCUUCCCUGUCCUUGAACAUUCACCCUGAUCCUCCUCUGUGUGGGGAGGAGGGGUUCUCUCAGGGGUGGACACUAGUACCUGUGGUGUGAGCAGCACAAUUAAACAGACUGUACCAUG